CUCAGAUGUAUCUUCCGUUUGGUGCUCGCUUGGCUGGUAGUAUCGCCGUUUCCCACUUGGAUCUGCACGCUUUUCUUUUGGCAGGUCGCUAUGCUCGCACGAAUCAAGCAGGUUCAUCUGCACACGUGCAGCUUGUUUCGGAGCUGUCCUCUCAUGGCCAACAGUUGCUGCUGCUGUUAAAAGGCCGUUCAAGUUCUUCUUCAGCAACUCUGUCAUGUCAAUCGUUCCUCCAUUUGCAUCUUGCAUCUGCAGAGCAUCCAGGUUUGCCACGUCGUUCGUUUGGCUGAGCUUACUGUACAGGAACUCUCCCCCUUUUCCGCUCAGACGACCAAUAACACCCCCGGUAAUAGCUCGCCACCCCUGGUACGACCAAUCAUAAUGGCUAUGAAGGCACUGCUUAUCUCCACGCUCGUUGCCAGCUUUGCAUUGGCGUCUCCCACUCGUCGAGCUGGCGCGGCUGUGAACUCGACCACCUGCAAUGGCCAGACGUACGUCUAUCAGGCUCUCGCUGGGUAUGGAUUCACACCGUCAGAUUCGCGCGACAAGUUUGGCGAUACUGCAGGAGGGAUCGGCAGUAGCGCCGCCAUCGACCAACACUCAUGGAAAGUCGACAGCAACGGAGUGUAUACUGGCAUUCUCUGGACUCUGCCCGACCGUGGGUGGAACACGGAAGGCACAUUGAACUAUCAACCUCGAGUCCACAAGUUCCAGGUCACCUUCGAGCCCAACUACAACUCCACAGCCGCGGACCCAAGUUCGCCAAACGUUCACCUGCAAUAUCUCGACACCAUCCGUUUCACAGACCCUGCCGGGACUCCAAUGACGGGGCUUGAUGCCGAUCUCAAACCGCCUUACCUUACCUUCCCUGGCCUUCCCGAUCUUCCAUCUGCGACAUACACGGGCGACGGCUUCGGCGGUAAUGGUACCGGGGGCCACCGUGUGUGUGGAGACACCGAAGGUCUUGUUCUCAGUCCUGACGGCUUCUGGAUUUCCGAUGAAUACGGACCAUACAUCUAUCAUUUCGACCAUAGCGGUAAAAUGACAGGAGCUAUCAAACCCCCUUCUGCAAUCAUUCCUGAGAGAAACGGCACCGAGUCUUUCAACGCUGAUAGCCCACCUCGUUAUGACCCUGACUUUGAGACAAUCCCCGCUACCCCUGAUACCGGGCGGUCGAACAAUCAAGGUCUCGAAGGUCUAACCUCUUCGCCCGAUAAGAAAACUCUCUAUGCACUGAUGCAGUCGGCUUUGGCUCAAGAGGGCGGCGACAACUCCUCAACACGUCGCCUUAGUCGUCUGCUUGAAUACGAUGUCAGUGAUCCCUCCGCGCCAAUCUACAAGGCAGAGUACAUGGUUCCACUGCCGGUCUUCAGCAACAAUACUCUGGUUGCCGCCCAAUCGGAGAUCCACUACAUCAGUCCGACACAAUUCCUGGUUCUUGCGCGUGACUCCAGCCGCGGCCAUGGUCAAUCCAAUUCACUGUCACGAUACCGCCACAUUGAUGUCUUCGACAUCUCCAAAGCCACCAAUCUAGCGGGAAACACCUACGACUGCACAACUUGCUCUGCGGCUUCUGUGAGCGGUGUUCUCGCCUCGGCGAUCAUUCCUGCCACCUAUUGCUCGUGGCUCGACUACAAUGUCAACUCUCAGCUCAAUCGCUUCGGGCUUCACAAUGGUGGGGCACAAGAUGCCAGUCUUCUGAAUGAAAAAUGGGAGUCGAUAGCCGUAGUCCCUGUCAAUCCUUCCGCUCCUACCUGCAAGGACGGCUAUACCAAGGCUGACGGCGAAUAUUUCAUCUUCAGCUUGAGUGACAACGAUUUCAUCACGCAGAAUGGGUACAUGAACGGCGGGCUAUUGCCGUACACCGAUGAGGGUGGGUUCAAUCUUGACAAUCAAGUUUUGGUCUUCAAGGUUACGUUGCCUACGGAUUGAACAACGGGAGGAGCUCACCGGAAUUCCCCACAUCGAUGGACAUGAUGCGAGCAGAAGCGUGCUCCAUGCCGGCGAUGGAGCUAGACGUGCCCUUGCUAGAGCUCCUUCUCCUGCUCUCCGCCACCUCUCUGGAACAGGACACUUUGCACAUACAAAUUCUU